AUGUGGAGACCAGGUCGCCGAGCUGGCGGCGCCGAGCUGGCGGUGCCGAUGGCGGUGCCGAUGGCGGUGCCGAUGCAGGCGCCGACGGUGUCGCCGAGCGUGGCGGUGAUAGAGCGCGGCCGAAACAAGCCGGUGACCGAAGACUUGCCAGCCGUAGGUCUCUGCGUUUUCCGGACCGUCAUGUUGGACAAGCUUUACAAGGUGAGCAGCUUGAUUCGGCGCCCCUCAAAGCGCGUCGACACCAAGCGCGUCGGGCAGGCCAAACGCCACUGUGCACAGCCGGUGGACGCCGUGGACAACUACCAGACGGGGAGGAGAGAUGCUCCGCCUGAAGCUCCUGGCACUAGGCCCCGCUCCGUGCAGGUCGACGUGUGGCCGGGAGCCGCCCGGCGUAGUUACUGCAUGGCCAGCUCGGCGGGGUGCUUCUCGGUUGGUCACACUGGCCCUCCAAAGGCGGACUGCGCAGACGUGCACGCGAUGCUGCGCGAGAGCGAUGCUGUGCCGUGCCAGGGGAGGGUAGGCCCCCGGGCUCCCGACAGCGAGAGCAGCGGCAGCAACAUGAGCACCACGGCAGAGUCGGAUCCGCCCUCCUCGAAGGGCGGGAGCGGCACCAGCGCCAGCACAGGCGCGUCGGCGGUCCUCGACCCCGCGGCUCUCGAGGAGCGGAAGAGGGAGGAGCGGAAUUUCAUCCGGGAGCAGGACACAAGCGAGGCGGACAUUUGGUACCUCAUCGACGUGAGGUGGCUGCAGGACUGGAAGACAUUUGUCGGCCCGCGGGGGACCCUUCCUCCAGGUCCGAUGGACAACAGCCGCCUGGUGGACCCGCACACCGGCCGCAUCAAGCCUACGCCCGGCAACAGGGAGCAGUGGGACCCGGUGACGGACUACCGCGGGGUGAACCAGGUCGUGUGGAACUUCUGGCAUGCGCGCUACGGCGGCGGACCUGUCCUGAGGCGGAGGGAGCUCGACCUAUACGCGGAAGAGCUCCCCGAGGGCCUGGAGGCCCCGCCCGGCGAGCCGGGCGGCGCCCCGCGCCUGCAGGAUGUCGCGCAGUUGCCCGGCAUGGCCGUGCAAGCAAGUGCGCACAGG